ACCCGAGGAAAAGGGCUUUUUUACAACCCUGUUUUUAGUGAGACUGAGAGCGAAAUUGUAUUUCAAAAAUGUAUUCAGCUCUACACCACGUCUAUUUUAAUGGACAAGAUAAAGGCAUCUCACACGAAACCUGAGCAGCUGCGUCAUGUAACUAUAUUUAGCAGACAAAAGCAAAAUAUUUCCUUUCCUGCGUUGGUUGCUGUUGACAUGAAACAGUAUUUCCAAAUAAAAAAUUGGAUAAGCAGCCUUAAUAAAGAGAUUGCUGGCUUAUGUGUGCUUUUGUUUGACGAGAAACCAGAUACACCAUACAUUGCACCAGCCUGGGGCGUGUUUCAAAGCAUGACAACACUAUCGGACACAUUUGUUGCUGCAGAUGAUCUUCUAGAACGAGCCAUAUUUGCAGUGUUAAAGAACCUGGUCCAAAAGUGUUUUAACAAAUAUGGACCAUCAACUGAUUUGUCAGAUAUUGAGAAAGAAAGUACACUACAAAGUAUUUAUAAUUAUGCAAGUACUGCAUACAAAAGAAGUGAAGUACCGGAACAGGAAAGACCAGCCCUUCCAGAGAUUUCAUAUAUGUACCCUAAAGAUAUUGAUGAGGUAGUCAAAGGGCUUCUUGAAAUAAAAGGGGUUGUUGGUUGCUCUAAAAAUAUUGGGCAUCUUGAAGUAAUUAUUGAAAAUACACAAGACAGCAGUGUAACAAUGAAUGGAGUAAACCUGUAUCUUCAAAACAAAAAGGUCAAAGCCAUGUUUAUACAUGGAACACUCGCACCUCUCAUUUCCAGUGGGGAUAAGGUUUCAAAUGAACAAAUAACUAAACGAUUUGCAACAUUGGGAGGAUUUGCGCUGACAUUUCCCAAAACGAUUACCAUUUAUAAUCGCAACUCAGCUGCAAAAUCUCUUCCGAGCAGUACACUGUCACAACACACUACAGGAAAGCUUGUUGCCCUUAUCUCACAACAUGUAGCAAACAGAAUCGGGUUGUUCGAAUCCGUAUGUGCAUGUGAUAAUAUUGGAACAUUUGAAAUCGGAAGAAUUAACGAUAUCCACGAGGACCUGCCGGUUGAUAUAGUUCAUUUCGACAUUUAUGAAGAUCGUAUUAACCAGUGUGACAGUAGAUUCAAAACAGAGAUAGGCAUGCAGAUGUUUGGCCAAGAAUGUUCUUCAGAAGAACCAAUUCGUGAAGGAGAGCUAGUAUAUAUAUGGGGAGCAGCAACGUCUCCGGGUUUAGGAACAAUCGCUGCUGUUGAUUUAGAAACCCCAAAUGGAUUGUUGAUAACAAUACAUGAUCGCAAUGAGGGUAAGUCGUUCUGCGAAGCAGGUGACAGCGGUGCCAUGGUAUGUGCAACUGAUAGCAGGGAACGAACAUUGUAUGCUAUUGCAAUGAUCCAAGGAAAACUUCUAAGAUCUAGUGGAAGAGCAACAUAUGUUGCCGUAAGUCUUAAUGAGGGAUUCAAAAAAUUAGAAGCACAUUAUUUGUCAAAAUUCAGUCUGUGCAAAGAUCAGCCCACAUGAAUAAAUGUGUUGUUCUGAUAGGAUUUGAUUGAUAAUAACAUACCAUGAACUGACUCGCUGAGUGCUAACAUAAAAAUUAAAAAUGUUAUAAUAUAGCACAAAUAGUUUGUGUUAUGUUAUCAUACAGUAGAUGGCCUCUACAGAAAUUGGGGUCACUUAUAGUUCCAAGGUUGACGGUAACUGUCACCCUAAGUGUGAAAUAAUUUCUGAUUUAUAACUCGCCAACUGACUAACGGAUUGGCUUGAUACUUCCCAUGUGCAUUGGCCUUGGACAGUAAAUGACUCUUACUGAAAUUGGGGUUGCUAGGUCAAGGUCACUGUCACAAUAAGUGUGAAAAUUGUAUUCUGAUCAAUAACUCAUCAAUGCAUUGACUGUUUGGCUUGAUUCAUCACAUGUGCAAUGGACUUGAACAGUAGAUGACCGUUUUGAAAUUUAGGUCACUCGUUCCAAUGUUAAGGUCACUGUUACUAUUAUA